AUGGGGAAGACGACGACGCGGACGAGGCGGACGACGAGCGAGGUGGCGGCUGCGGAGGAGUACGACCACAGGGAGUCCGACGACGAGGAAGAUGAGGAUGAAGAAGACCUGGACGGCGAGAGCGAUGAUGAGGACGUGAUUACGGUAAACUUUGACUUUUGCGACGCGCAAGAGGAAGAUUUUCACGGAUUAAAGGCGCUCUUGACCGGUUACUGCGACGGCGAUGAGUACGCGUGCUCGGACCUGUGCGACUUGCUCAUCAGACAAAACGCCGUCGGCACCGUCAUGAAGACAGAGGAUGACUCAGAAAACGUCCUGGGCAUGACCUCGGUGGUGAGCCUGGCGUAUUACAAGGGAGAAAAGUGCGUGAAAGAUAUCAAGAAAUACCUCUUGGGUAAGGUCCCUGCAAAAGAGAAGAAAGCAUUCGAAAAGAUUUUGAAUGACGACGCCACCGGUUUGCUCAUAAACGAGCGCAUCAUCAACGUGCCGCAGGAUGCUGGACAGCCUUUAAUCGAGGGCGUUUUUGACGAAAUCGGUUGGGCAGCAAAGGACGAGAAGACGGCUGAGUUGAGAAAGUCGUAUGAGUUUAAAAACUACAUUUUGGUGAGCACUUUGUUUGAGGAGGACACUGAGGAUGUAGAGCAAGUUGGGAAGAAGCGCAAGAAGGGACAACCAAAAAAACAGCGAAUCUUCCCGCGAUUGGAGGAGGAGAUCUUGCUCGAACACUCUAAAUCGGCGUUUUUCUGGCGCGGUAAACAGAACGAGGAGAAUGACAUCGCUGAUUUCCGCCCUCAUCGUUGCUGCAUGGUUGUCGACGCGAAGGCGAUUAGCGCUUUCCGCAAAGACGUGAAAGAUCUGUUCAAAGACUUCGAAUAA